UUUUAAUCUGCAUGCUAGCUUGUAAACUAUUCUUUAGACACAUCAUUUGAUUGUAUACUUAUAUAUUUCUGGUCUUAUGAGGAGAGCAGAAAUUGCUUAGGAUCAGUUAUACUUAAUGAUAACUAUUUAAAUUUAAGAAAAUGAGAUACUUGUGUAGAUCAGUAUUUAGAUUUAACUGAUCGCAGGUAUGCAAGAUUUCAUAUUGAAAAAGUCUGUUUAAGACGAUCGCAGGUUUUGUACCUGUUUCUUAUUGAAAAAAUCUGCUUCGGUCUGUCUAUGUUUAACAUCAAAAAGAUGGCGUUCAUGUGGGAUGAGUUAAAGAAGGGCCAACCAGUUGAUGAGCCUACUUUAAGUCAUGUCAAGGAACGCAAUUUACGGAACUAGCUUUAAGUUAAUCAAGUAAAUCCCUUGAUUAAUGUAGUUCGGCGCUUGUGAGUUUUCUAAUUAAAGAGAUAAUAAACAUUGUAGCAUGGAUCUUGUCUAACUCUGAACUGAUCAUGAACAGAUCAUGGGGGCUUACUAAGAUCUAUCGAGGUGCGAAUAAGUUUCGAAGUUAAACAGCUGGCUGAUUGACUUGCUUGAGCCCUUUUGCAGGGCAGGGCACUUGAAGAUUGAUGUAUUACUGAUCCCCAGAGCUUAGUUAUCCACUAAAUGCAUCAGUCUAGUCUGGCUGAUCCGAUUGAUCUGCACAGACGAAGAAAAUGCUCGUGUGAUCCAAAUCUCGGGAUUAGCUGUAGACAAAACUGCCAGCUGACCGUGCUGGCGAUCCGGGCAAAGGUGAUCAACUGGCCCUGCACAGAACUCAACUCAUUCGAAGGUGUUUGAGUGGAUAGUUAACCAUAUGGCACAGCGGCGCAGCAGGACUAAUGUGCAGGAUCAGCACCUACUCAGCGUUUGUAACGUUUUUCAAAUGCUUCCUGCGGAAGUUGCAACAUUUUCAAUUAAAGUAUCUGUUUUAGUGGUCGCUAAAGAGCCGCAAUUAAUACACGACAUCCAACUGGAGGCAGGAAGUUGUGCAAGUUGUUGUGAGACUGCCUAAUUAACGUGCCUGCUUGGCCAGCAAGUGUCAAAGCCUGUUGCUGCGGCCAGAGCAGGCCAGGCCAGGCCAGGCCAAAAGCCAGCCGACCCCUAAACGACAUUCAAAUUGACCAACGCUGACGGCAGGGGAAGGUACGAAGCCCGACAGCAACAAUGACGAUCACUUCCUUGAGGGCAAAAGCAAAUUUAAUAACUAAGCGAUUCCCGAUAGAGAUCUAGACGUCAUUUGGGUGUGCCAACGCGCUGUGGGAACGAAUAUCAAAGAAACAAAAAACGUCAGCUAUCCGUAAGGGUUGGGAUUGUCUUCAAAAUAAAGCUUUGAGCAGAGCUUUGUCUUUAACUGAGGGCGAGAUUCAGUAAGAAUCCCUAAGAAGACCUCAAACUGAAAGACAGCUUUAAGUUGGAUUGUAAAGCAAAAGUACAAGCAGAGUGGGAGCUCAAUAGUUGAAUGAAAGCUUUAAGAUAAGCUUUAAGUGACAGCGCCGAACUGAAGGAAAAGCAAAGCAAUGGUAUGAAGUUUUGGGUCGCGCUUUAAGUGGACCAGAGAGCAGAAUGUCAAGGAAACUGUAACCGAGAGCGACAGAGUCAAGCAGUGUGCUGGAAACGAAGCUUACGAAUGGCAUAGCGACAGACUGUGCUCCACUGGAAUGGCUUAAAGUGGAGCAGAAGAAGAGCUUUAAGUGUAGAGAAAAGAGCAAAAGUAAAAGAACAAAUCACGUGUGUGCUUGUUGCGUCAAAGCACAAAGCACUAAACUGGAUCUGUGAUUAAUGCUUUAAGUGGAUGCAAUUGAAAGCAAUGAAAGAACGGGUUAGGAAAGAGUUAGAGCUUUAAGCAGCACUUAAAGUUGAGCUUGAAAUGAGCUAGCGGCAUGUUGCUGCAAUUAAGAGUAACCACAAUAGGAAGAGAGAAAAAGAGAGAGAGUGUGUGAGAGCGAGAGAACGCAAUCUUGUGUGCAUGCUAUUCGCCGCGGGGUGCGCUUGCGCAACAACCCCUAGCGCGUUGCACGGCCCGAGUAUAAAACGCUGCCCGCUACCCCGAACCGAUUCAGUUUGUCAGCGAACGCCGAGACGAGAGGAGACUGCACAGAGCUAGCCGAGUGCCGAACAGAGAUCAGGAGCAGCCACUCCGACAAAUAGCUCUACAUAUAUCCACACAUACACACACACACACACACAAACACCCGAUAAGCAAACUAGAGACAUGCUCAAGUGGACGGCCUCAACGCAACGUUUGAACGAGCUGCCCGCGCCGGAGCUGCGUGCGGCGCGACGUCAGCGUCGACAGCGACGCGCGACCAUUGCCAACAAGGAGAAUGUGCCCAGUGUGGGCUACACAUCGACGCCCAUGCCGCUGGCGCGGCAGCGCAAUAGUCCGCUGGUGCUGGCGCCGCUCACCGAUAUACGCAACGUGACGCCGGAGUCGUCGCCGGCGGCGGGUCGUCGCGUCGUGCAGAGCGUGCGACACUAUGCCGCCACCUUGCCGCGCUACGAGGAGGAGUACUCGCCCAGCGCCGGCGCCUUGCCCAGCGGUCAGCAUUUGGCGCUGCGCGGUCUGCUGCCGCUGGAUCCGUUUCUGGAGCAGCCGCGCUAUAUGGCUGCCACGCAGCAGCUGCGGCAGCGCAAGCUGGAGGCGGACUUUGUGGCCACCAUGGAGCUGCCCGGGGAGCAGGCGCCGCAAGCAACUCAGCCAGCCGCAGCAGCGGCAACCCCAGCGCAGCCAGCGCAGUCAGCGCAGUCAGCGUUGCGUGCCGUCACACCGCAGCCAUCGACCCAUAUGGGCGAUCAGACGCUGGACAAGCUCAUCGAUGCCAUACUCGAUUCGGCUUGCAAGGCGGACGCCGGCAGCAAGAAGAAGCCGCGCAAGUCCUUCAAUCUGCGCCGGCGCACGCUCGUCAAGCAGCAGCUGGAGACGCAGUGCGUGGCCAUGUUGUCGCCAUCGUAUGCGCCCGGCGAUGAUCCCGCCAGCGAUCUCAGCUUUACGCUGCUGCCGCUGCCGCUGCCCGCCACGCCCGAACCGGCCUCACCGCUGUCCCAGCUGCCGCACAGCGUGCUCCUGCAGCUGCCCACACCGCAGCCGCGUGCCCCCACACCGGCCAAUCAUUCUGAUACCUUUUGCCUGGCCACGCCCGUGCGCCCACUGAAACGGAAUCGUGCCCGGCAGACGCAGCCAGCGCCAGCAGCUGGGGGCCUGGAGACGCCACCAAAGCGCUACAAGGUCGAUGCGCGCAACUACUUCGAGGUGGGCCUCGCGCUGCCCUCUAUCUACGUCUAGCCAGAGUGAGAGAGAGAGGGAGAGAAAGUGAGAAAGUAAGAGAGAGAGAGAGAAAGUGAGAGACAAGGCAAGAGCUAGCCAACGCUGACAAACGGGGGAAAACGCUUAACUAUGACGCUUAUUUAGUUCUUAAGUUGCAAUUAAUUACUUUUUUUUUUUUAAUGUACAUAUAUUAG